AUGAACACAAAGCGACGCCACUCUUUCAUUGUGUCAAUCACAGCUCUCAGCCUCAUCUAUCUGUACUUCUAUCUGUCAAGGGUUUCUUGGUCGGUUUCGACAGAAGUCAAAGGCAAAGCGAUUUGGCACGACGAAGUUGUUCCAUCUUCAGACGACAAUAUUGUCUCGACUGACAGAAGACCAAAAACACCUAUCGCAGAGCCUACCUUCUUAUGGACGCGUCGUCCGACUCAAUAUCCGGUUCAGUCAAUGACACCCCUGCCCAAGGAAAGGCCACGGAAAUUGCCGAAAGUGCAGGCAGACUUUUCCACAGAGAAGGAUCCUCAAAAGGCGCAAGUUCGCAAUCAACGGCAAAAUGCAGCAAAAGACGCCUUCAUCCGAUGCUGGACCGCUUACAAGGCUCGCGCCUGGAUGGCUGAUGAGGUUAUGCCGGUAUCUGGGGCGAUGCGCAACUGGUUUGGUGGAUGGGGAGCCACCCUCGUCGACAGCCUUGAUACCCUAUGGAUCAUGGGACUCCAAGAGGAGUUCGAAGAAGCCGUGUCGGCAGUCAUGCAGAUCAAUUUUGAGACAACCUCGUUCAGCCAGAUUAAUACUUUUGAGACCAAUAUUCGAUACCUGGGCGGUCUUUUGGCGGCCUACGAUUUGAGUCAUGACAAACGUCUUCUGAGCAAAGCCGUCGAGGUUGGCGAAAUGCUGUACGCCGCGUUCGACACGCCUAAUCGCAUGCCCAUUACCCGAUGGGACUUUCAACGAGCGGCUCGCGGUGAGGAACAGGUAGCGGCUGAGGGUGUAGUGGUAGCAGAGAUCGGAACAUUCACGCUGGAAUUUACCCGACUCUCGCAAAUUACCGGCGACCCGAAGUGGUUUGAUGCGAUCCACCGCGUGAUGGGGAUUUUCUACCGCCAGCAAGACCUGACGAAACUGCCAGGAAUGUGGCCUGUGGUUGUUAACGCGCGCGAAGAAGAUUUCACCCAGGAUACGACCUAUACGCUGGGCGCUAUGGCGGAUUCAGUCUACGAGUACCUCCCGAAAAUGCAUGCGCUCGUCGGCGGUGUUCUCCCGAUGUACGAAAACAUGUAUCGCGAUGCGAUGGAUACUGCCAUUCGAUACAAUCUCUUCCGUCCAAUGACCCCCGACGAGGCUGAUAUUCUAGUUGCCGGAGCUGCGCGCACUGCGAGCGAUGCCAGUGAGCCGCGCCGUGUCACUCUGGAGCCCAAGGGUGAGCAUUUGAUCUGUUUUGCUGGGGGAAUGAUGGCGUUGGGCGGACGACUGAUACAGAAUAACACUCAUGUCGAUCUGGGCCAGAAGCUGACCGAUGGCUGCAUCUGGACGUACAAAGCGCUGCCAUCAGGGAUCAUGCCCGAAUUCUUUCACAUGUCGCCUUGCGCAUCCCAAGCUUCAUGUCCCUGGGAUGAAGCGCAGUGGCAAAGGGAGGUGACGAGUAGGGCAAAAGUUUUACAAACUGAAACUGCUGCGGACAUCAUCCACGAGCAGCGCCUUCCAAAGGGGUUUACUGCAUUCGCAGACCGGCGGUAUCUCUUGCGGCCGGAGGCCAUCGAGUCCGUCUUCAUAUUGUACCGGAUCACCGGACGAGAAGACUUGCUUGAUGCCGGCUGGACGAUGUUCGAGGCGAUUCAGAAAGCUACAGAGACAGAUCUUGCCAACGCAGCUUUAUCAGACAUCACCGUUCCCCAGCCGCCUCAGACUGAUUCGAUGGAGAGCUUCUGGAUGGGGGAGACGCUCAAGUACUUUUUCCUUCUCUUCAGCAGCCCCGAUCUGAUCAGUCUGGAUGAAUAUGUAUUCAACACCGAGGCGCAUCCUUUGAAGAGGAUGAAAUAA